AUGGUCCGGUUUACGUCCCUGGCGGUCUCCGGACUCGCUCUUUUCACGGGAAUCGCAUCCGCGGUCGCGACGCAGAAGGACGUCGAGUCGCCCGAGUUCACAACCUUCUCAGUCCCGGAGCACCCGCACCACGCAAUUCGCAUCAAGGAGCAGAGCGAUGAGAUUUGCAAUGCAGGCUCAAGGCAGUGGACUGGCUGGCUGGACACCGGCGGGAAGCAUCUUUUCUUUUGGUAUUUCGAGAGUUUGAACGAUCCGGAGAAGGACCCUCUCAGUCUCUGGAUGACAGGCGGCCCAGGCGGCAGCGGCCUCGUCGGCCUCAUGCUGGAAUUGGGACCCUGCUUAAUCAACGACAACGGCACGGGCACCGUUCACAACCCUUACGCUUGGAACAGCAACUCAUCCAUGAUCUUUGUCGACCAGCCCGCCGGCACGGGGCUCUCAUACUUUGACAAGGACGUCAUCCCACCCGCGACGUCCUACACGGCCGCCGAGGACAUGAACAUCUUCCUCCGCAUCUUCUACAAGGCCUUCCCGCACCUAGCCACUCUUCCCUUCCACAUCGUUGGAGAGAGCUACGGCGGCCACUACAUUCCCACCCUUGCUGCCGAAAUUGUUCACUACAACACCGAGUCCCCGGCCCCCGACUUCAAGAUCCCGCUGGCAUCCGUGUUGAUUGGUAACGGCUACGUCUCGCCCGCCGACACUACCUGGGGCUUCUACGAGACGCUUUGCACGACGAAGCCCGGCGUCCCGGAGCCUGUCUUCAACUCCAGCAGCUGCGCCAAGAUCGCCGCUGCGCUGCCGAGGUGCAUGUACCUCCAGGAGGCGUGCUACAAGUACCCGGACACCAUCAUCUGUGGGGCCGCGGGCAACUUCUGCUUUGAACACAUUGACUGGCUCUACUACCAAGAUGUCAAGACGGGCGGGCGGAACCCGUUCGACAUCACACGGCCGUGCGAGACGGAGAACAUCUGCUACGGCAUCGGCGAGGGCAUCGAGACGUACAUCAACUCGGACCGGAUCCGGGCCGCGCUCGAGGUCCCCGAGGAGGUCCCCAAGAACUUUAGCCUCAUCUCCUUCGAAGUCAACCGCGCCUUCGAGCUCGCGGGAGACACAUUCCUGAGCACCGAGGCGCAGGUCAAGUACAUUCUCGAGUCGGGCGUCGACGUGCUCAUCUACAACGGCGAUUUGGACCUCGCAUGCAACACGGCGGGCAACGUUCGGUGGACGAACAAGCUGUCGUGGGCCGGGCAGGUCGAGUUCAACGCCAAGGAGCUUGAGCCGUGGUUCGCGGUCAAGGGCGGGAAGAGCGUGCGCGCCGGCAAGUGGAAGCAGGUGACGAAGCCUGCGAGGGGAGGCAGGGAGACCAAGUUUGCCUUUGUGACGGUGGAGGCGUCGGGCCACAUGGUGCCGCUGGACCAGCCCGAGGUCGGGUUGCAGAUGGUGAGGAACUGGCUUUUUGGGGACUUUGGCAAGGCUGCCAAGGGCGGCGUGGAGGUCACGUUGGCUGGAAACGAGGAGCAGUUUGUGGCUUUGGAGUUGUGA